CACGCUUCUACACGAACAUCCAUGUCAAGUAUACAUGCAAGUCGUGUACUUUCUACAGGGAAAAGCGGGUCGGUUUCACUUGGAAUUAAGGCGAACGAACAUCGAAGCUGGCAUUUGCUAUUCCAGUACUGAUAGUCUUCGUAGUUGGAUUAACGAUUGGAUGGACAAUAACAUCAUCAAACAAAGAUCAAUACUCGAAAGACCAGACCAACGACAUAGAAAAACUUAACGCAAUAAUUGAAGACCAAAAACUGAUGAUCGCCAACCAAAAGAAUGAAUCCCAAAUUUUGGAAAAAUUUGAGCCUUUUUCGAAAAAACUGAACUCAAUCGUCUCUGGUUAUACUCUAGGAAAAUGGAUUGCCGACGACGAUGUGAUAUUCUGGAUUGUGAAACUUCGUGCAUCAAUUAUGACAUUCACGGGUGCAGUGGAUUUCUGUAUACAACACGGAUCGACUCUUCCCAUUAUGAGGAAUGAGGAAGAAUUUGACGCGAUUAACAAAAUGAUACGCAACGGGCUUCCCCAGAACGGGAAGGUAUCGUUCUGGACCGGCCUUACAUAUGAUAUCACGACAAACACAUUUGGAAAAAAUGGUUCAUUCACUCAAUGGGAAAACGGAUAUCCGAAGAAGACCACCUUUUGUAGAAAUGUGUACAUCAACGUAGCCAAAGAUCCAAACGAAAGUUUCCAAGGAAUGAGGAACUGGCAUUAUUCGAUCAAGCUAAAUGCUGCACUUUGUCAGAUAUAAAAGUCAAAAAUCAUGCCUACAUAUUAUCAAUGAAAUUUAACAGUCGAUGCCUAAAACUCACUUGCUGUACCUAUUUUGGCAUUUAUAAAACAUUCGCUUUAUUAACUUUAACUGCUUUUCAUUGGAUCAAUAUUAACCAUGGACUGACUGCUUGUUGAAUGGUUCAAACGUAUUUUUACAAAACAUUGAAUAUAUUCUUGAUGGAACGAUUUAUACAAUUGGGCAAUUCAUUAUGGAGACAGCAGAAAUGCCAUUGUUCGAUUGCUUUUCAUUUUAUUGGUGAAUAAGUGAAAACUCUGCCUAGGAUUGAAAAUUUAAAAUGUCAAAUAUAUGGUAUUUUAGUAAUACAUUGCUUUGUUUAGAUUAAAAUUUAGUUAGUUACAGAUUAAAAUGCAAAUACUUUGAUUUUAGAACUUUUGUUUUUGUGAUUUUUUUGAAACUCCUUCCGAAAUGGCAUAAUCAGGGAUUCAAAUACUGUUUUUCUCUGUACCUCGAUGUAAGGUAAAAACAUUUUCAAGUAAGAGUGAAAUGUUCGUAUUAUUAUUAAUAAAAUCAAACUGUUUAACAAACUCACAUGUAUAAGUUCAAA